UCACCAGUCACUAAUUGUUCAUUAAAGUUGGUAAUUCCAUGAUCUAAACGAGCGAAAUUGAUACCAUCGUACGGAUCCUGUUCACUGCGCUGUGAACUAAGAUCACGAUCUGCAGCCGCAGCUAAAGCUUCCUGCGCAAUAGCCUGGUGGCGACGCGCAAAGCUUACCAAUUCCGUGACGCUCAUGCCUUGCAUGGCGCGCGACAUGGUUGUGGAAGUCUGUGAAGCGACGGUUUCUCGGUCGCUGACAGAUUGAUCCUGACUAACCAAUGAACGAAUCACCGGAACGGUGGAUCCACUGUGCUGAUGAGCUUCGAACUGGCUCUCAGCAGCAGUAUCCAAAUCGAUCAAGGAGUUCUCUCGUCCAUAGGACGGCUUCUCCGGCAGAGCCAGGCUGUCUCGUGCCAACUGGGAUAAACCCACUCGCGUCGGCACGGCUGGGGAUGCAAACAUCCCAGGGAGAUGCGAGAUUUCAGGGGCCGAGGCUGGAAGGGAAGGAUGCCCCUCUAGCUCGGAUCGUGGCGUGCCGCUCUGUCUUGAGCGGACACUCAGGGGUCUGGCGGCGUCCGAUGCUGUCGGUCGUCCAGUCAUGGAGACAGUGUCGGAGGGAGCAAGCACAGUGGGCACAUCGGGUUCGAGGUCUGGGUGCCCGCGUCGGGACUUUGGGUGGAAUCGGUGGUGCAUGCCGCCAGACAUCAUUUGGGGUCAGGGGUAGUCAGUCGUCGAGCGCCAGUUCGAGGGAGGGAGGGUUCGGCGCAGCGACGAAUCUAGCAGGUGGAGCUCUCAAAAAUAUGUAACGGAAGCGUCUAGACCGAGAUGAGUUCCGCUACAAGGAGGAGGGGGGAGACGACAGUGAGAGGGAUAAGGACUAGAUUGACUAAGGAAAAAGGGAAAAAAAGGAGCUAUCUACUUAUAUAGGGUGAUCGGCGGUCAAAGCCAGCCAAUCGAGGACUCAGUCUGAGAGAUAAAUCACAUGACCUCUGUAACGGGACGUUCCCGCUACAGCCUGGCUGCUGCUAUGGCCAUUCGACAGAACGGAAACAUCGUGCAGGUGUUCGAGCGGAUGGAGAACAAGAAAGAGGCCGGCGCAGGGCUGGGGAUGCAGCCCAAUGCGAUGCGCGUGUUGAAGCAGCUCGGCGUUGAGGAGAAGAACUUGAAAGGCGUGUAUGCCCAGGGGACGAUUGGUUUCGACCCUGAGACUGGGGAGAAAAAGCAGUCCAAAUCUGCGCCUAGUGCGGAAGAAGGAGAGAACGAUGCAAGUCUCAGUCUCUUUGAUCCGUCGAGCUUCCCUAACGUGACGAUCGGACAGUGGUUGCUCAUGUGCCACCGGACUGACAUCUACGAGGAGAUGAAGCGCAUCACACUCGAUCCAGCGGGAGACCUUCCGCCCGUAUCUAUGCGCUUCGGCUGCAAAGUCUUGUCUUGCUCGCCCGAGGAAGGCGAUGUCAUCCUCGAGUCCGGCGAGGUCGUACACGCGGACCUUGUAACUGGAGCGGAUGGCAUCCAGUCGCUCAUCCGCACGCAUGUGCUUGGAUAUACCCAGGACGCGUUGCCGACCGGAUUGGCUUGCUCUCGCGCGGUGUUCAACGCACCCCUCGCAGAUGGCAGUCAGCCGGAUCUGAAGUGGGUCACCGAGGGGAUCGACGGCGUUCGUUUCGUCGUCUCAAAGAAUCUCCCCUUCCGGCGGAUGAUGUUCUGCUAUCCGUGUAGGAACGGGCAGCUGAUCAACACGGUUCACGUGUACACGGAAACGGAGGACGAGAAGAAGGAUGUCUCGAAUGCGAUGUCGACCUCGACAAUGUCCCCGACCGAGGUGCGCGCGAAAUUCGCCGACUUUCACCCCAAGUUCCACCGCCUGUUGGACCUCCCGAACCACACCGGCAAGAUUUUACGCUGGCGGUUGCGGACGGUCCCUGCGCUCCCGACGUGGUACAAAGGCCGUACUGCGCUCCUUGGAGACGCGGCCCACGCGACGGUUCCGUUCUUGGCCCAGGGCGCGGCGAUGGCCAUCGAAGACGCGGCUGUCCUUGCCUGCCUCCUUCCCAUCGGCACCAAACGGGAGGAUAUUUCUGCUAGACUUGCGGUGUGGGAGGAGAUCAGAAAGCCGAGGGCGGACGAGGUGGCCAAGAUGAGUAUCGAGCAGAUGCAUGUUACUACUGGCCAGCAGGGCUCCACGAUCGCCGCAGUUGAUACGCGCUCCAAGUUGGUCGAAUAUGACGCGAUUGCAGCUGGUAGACAGGCUUACCAGGUCAAGUUUGCGGCCGAAAUCUAGAAUUUGUUACUUGAAGUAGGUAUUGAAUGAAAAUCUUAGGUAUUAUCCGUCCUCAUUAGUAAAAUGAGAAAAUCCUGCUGGGGCCUGAACUGACUAUAUACAGAAAGUAUGUUAAUGCGUUUGUGCUGAUGGUAAAAUCACAUUUUGCUAGUCAAGUCCGAAUGACCACCCCGAGCCGAUAUCAAUCAGAAAUUGAUCCAUGUAACUCUGCUUCACGUGUUGGUUGUCUUGCAAGUAGUCCGAAUUCCCAACCGGUCUCCUCAAGAAGGCAUCUUCGGCGGCGGACCAAAGUUCGUCUGCUCCAGCACCCUCCCGUCCUCCAACACGAUCUUCUCCGUCCCAGCGCUCACAAAUACGAUCCUGCACGCCUGGUGCUCUGCCCGAUUGACCCACGCGUGGUUCGCACCGCGCUGGACCACGAACUCCCCCCGCCGCACCACCCUCUCCUCGCCGUUAUCCAGCGCGAGCACGAUCUCGCCCUCGAGGACGACCGCGUAGUCGACGCUCUCCGUGCGGUGCAUCGGCACGCGGCUGCCCGGCAGGAAGUCGGCGAUGCAGAACAGCAUGCCGCGGGGCGAGCAGCGCGGGACGGACGAGGUGAACUCCGGGAACAGCGCCGUGUUGGAUGCAGGGACCGUGUUGGAUGAAUGGAAGUACGUGAAGUGGGUCAUGGCUGGUCCCAGUGGCGCAAACGGCGCCCGGAUCUCGUCGUGUGUGAAGAUGGAGGUCCCGUCGCUGGCAUGGCCUGUGACGACGAGGCGUGCAUCAGUAAGGACGGAUUGUAGUGAAGGCUGACAGUCAGGUCUCAUUUUAUGGACUGGAGGGCCGGCAGAACGGCCGCAGCCUUGGAAUCUGGCGUUCCACGCUGAGUCGAUGCAAUGAAGUCAGCAGGCCGUUCUGACGAGACAAGCUGCUCUGUUCCAUUUUCGCUGUGUUUCGCCUAUUUCCAGCUGGCAUGAUGUUGCAAUGAUACUGACAUAUUGGGCAAACAACGAUGCUAGUCAGAUAUAUUCCCUCUGAUAGAGGAUCCCGUUCGUCUGAGCGGCCGGUGCGAUGCUCUUCACGAACAACCGGUUGGCAAGAAACCGAAUCCAGAACGAUCUCUAUCGCCCUACGCAAGACAGUAAGAAGACUCACUCCAGGCAGCCCUCUUCUUGACAUGCUGUGUCCAGGGUUGUCAUUUUGGUCCCGGCCCCAGUUUCAAGAUCACCCUAGGAAUCUUUUUCUUCGCACUCAAACUCUCUCCCUCGAUCGGUUCCUCCUCAAUGCUCGACAGCCCGCUGUCCGAGCUUGAAUUCUCCUCCACAAGCGUUGUCGACGUAGGCUGCGUGCUGCUGCUACUGCUGCUACUGCUGCUUGACACGGGCUUCUUCGCUGUCCGAUCUCGCAAUACCCGCGAGGAGGGAGCAGGUGCGGCUUUGGCAGACAGUGAGACAGGACUUCUGUCAAGAUCAGCAAACAGCUCCAACGUGCGAUCGAGCCAAGGAUGGGCAUUCUUAGGCGGAAGAGAAGGUCGGCCGCCCCGUCGUUUCUUCGUAGCUUUCUCCAGCUGCAGGAUCUUCAGAAUAGGAAAUCCAUGGUAAGGGAUAGACACACCAGAGUUAAGUUGUCCGCACUCCACCAUUCUCCGUUAUCGGGUCCAUCUGCGAGUCCGACGAGAUGGGCCAUCGUCCCACUGAUCAACGCCCUAUCACUGUACCCACCCUCCAGCACACUAAUAAGUCUGCCCUGGGCAUAACGAUUGCUCAGCGCGCAUGCAUCCUUGGCGAAUCGAUGGUAGAAUGAGCUUACGCCUGGUCAAUAGGGUCCGUGUUCG